CCCUUGGGCUCUCCCUCUCAUCACCCGGCGCCAACGCAGGUACCGCACAAGGGCGACGAUCACUUCGGCUCGUGCCCUCGCUCCGGCCACCAUCCCGCCGCACGUCCCUCACGCUACCUGCUCUGUGCGUACGACUUCUGCAUACCUGCAUGGUUACGGGCCAAUCGGGACCUACGCCUUCUCAUGCCCGGAGAACACGCCACAAGGACCGUAAUUGCGAUGUUGGAAAUGGUGCACAAGUUCGUUGUUUGAGUGCAACACGUCCCACCGCGCUGCUCCGUUUACGGCCAGGGGUGUGCGUGGUGUCUGGGGUUCUGAUCUGGGGCCUGGGGGUCUAUCCUGGAAUCGCGGCUGCUGGGGUUCUUUCGAAUCCGCAUUCCACGCUUUGGGCAGACCUACAUGCAUAUAACGGCUCAUUCAGCAACGGCUAUCUAUAACUGCCCCAAGGCCGCGCCAGUAUGGCUCCCUCAAAUUCAAAGAUCGCUGCUGCUCGACUACAGCAGCUUCAGCGCGUCAUGGAGGAGAGCUCACGAAGACCAUUUAUUCGGGCCUAUGGCCCAGCAGAUCUCGAAGCUAUCAUGCACAUUUGCCGUGUUACUGCCCACUCAGCCGCAGCCCAGGAACCAGCCAACACCAUCGUUCCUCUCAUAUUUGUCCUUCCAUAUGUCAUCCUUCAUCCUGAAUACACCUUCGUCCUCGACAACGGGCAUGGCGACUGCGUAGGCUACUGCGUCGCCGCACCAUGUUCAGCAACCUACCUGGAACGCUACAAAUCCGAGUACCUCCCCACCAUCGACCGCUCACUCUACCCACCUCCACCACACUGCCCCAGGGCCGUAGCCGGCAACGAGAUCGAGCGUACAGGCAAAAACGGAGAUGUGGCCGCCGCCCUCAUGCAGCGCCUAUACUACCCCGACGAAUCGGUGCUACAUAGCAAGUGGCCCGGUCUACUUGAGGACUAUCCAGCUCACCUCCAUAUCGAUAUCCUACCCGAGUACCAGGGUCACGGUGGAGGUAAGAAUCUCAUAGCAGCACUCUUGGCUAAACUUCAGGGAGACAGGGUGCGAGGCAUCCAUCUCAUGAAGUCCAGCGAGAACAAGGGCGCUGAAGUAUUCUACUGUCGAAUGGGAUUCGAGCGAUACCCUGUUAUCAUGGAUGGUGGUGAGAGCGGGGAGGUCGGGCAUAAAACCGGGGGAGGAGUUUGCAUGGUUCAGAAAUCGAGCUAAGGGUUUACUUGCACGGCUUCAGCUUGAUUGGGAAUGGAGCUAAAGAAGGGGCGUCGGGGAGUGCCGGAGCACACAGGAAGCGGAGUUCUGGCUUACUUUUUCUUAUCCACAUGAGAUGAUGGCGCAAGCCGCGGGUUCCGACGGCGUGGUAAGGAGUUUGGCUGCUUUUAGUGGAAGAUUUUUGAUUGGCCUAAUGCACUCUUCGCCGUGUCCAUGCGUACAACAUGCGUGCAAUCAUUUCACUGAUAACGAAUCGGAGGGCGGCGCAGGACGCUUGCGCAUGCGCAAGGCUUUCAGAAGGGAGAAGUUGUACCGCCAGUGGGCUGUGGUGU